CCCAGCUUGUCCACUUUUUCAUUCCUUUCAUGUCGAUCGAUUCCUCUAAAUAUUCAGAUCCAAGCUAUUUCAAGAUCUCCUUGCAAUCGCCCAUGAUCGUAGCCGUCGCCGGCGGAGCCGACGCAGGCAAGCGAGAUUUAUGCGAGGUGCUUAUGAAGAACUUUAGCGCAGCCUACGCAGCUAGAGUUGUGGUGGUUAGUUUGACCGACUUUUACCGUGAACUUACACCGGAAGAACGAGGACUAUAUGAAGCAGGCAAAUUUAAUUUGGAUCAUCCAGAUGUGUUUGAUUAUCAGUUACUGGAAGACACUUUGGUUUCCAUGAAAGCCGGAAAACCCACAGCCAUCCCAGUGUGGGAUCAUGUCCAUCAUACAAAAAAAACCACGCGUGUUAUCGAUCCGGUGGAUGUCAUCAUGUUGGAAGGCACCUUACUAUUCUAUCCAAAGUCGCUCCGUGACUUGAUGUUUAUGAAAAUCUUUAUCGAUGUCGACAGCGAAAAGCGUCUUGUACGAAGAGUUCAGAAAGCCAAAUCGCGUAAUGGUCAUACUCUCUCCAUCAAGGAACUGCUGACCGAAUAUGUGGAAUUUGUCAAACCCAUGUUUGACGAUUAUAUUCUUCCUACCAAAAAGUUUGCUGAUCUUAUUAUUCCUCGUGGCAUUGAAAACCAAGCUGCGCUUCAAGUGUUGAGCAAUCACUUGGAUGAUCACCUGAAAGCUCGAUCGGUGUCACGAAAGAAGCGUGCGGAUGAUUCUGAAGAACCCACCGCGGAUAUUCGCAACACCCGCAAACCAUCUUAUCGCAGCACUGAACUCCUCGCUACCUCUGCUGCAAGCUCAUACAAACAAAUACCUGAAUAAAUUCUGCAUUCUUUUUCAUUAUCUCUCCAC